AUGGGGGAACCCAGCCCCAAAUUAACUCGCUUCACUACCCAAUCGCUUUUAAGGGUCAAGCAUGUCAUGGACGCGGAAGGCCUGACCAUUCCGGCGUUGGUGCAUUUAUCAAACCAAGCUUCCAACUGGGAUUUUUUUCCAACUUUCAAGGAGGGUACCGGUGUUGAGAAGAUCGUGGACAUAUGCAAGUUCAUCAAACAUAAGAAGUUGACAGUCUUGGGGUACUUGUUGGCACUUCUCGAGCCCAAUCACAUUGAGCUGGCCCCUCAUCGUACUGAAUGGCUCGCCAACGGCACCGAUGACCGCGGGUGGAUCCUGACGCUCCUCCAAAAGAUCAAAGGGAUGAUCUACUCGGCUGGGAACGGCGAAGCGGUAUGGAAGUUGUUCAUUUACAAGGAGAUGGAAGACCUUGAAAUCUAUGUGCCACCGCCGAGUCCGCAGUGGCCUCAUUAA